AUGCAAGAAAUUAGCUCAAAACCAGUAUUAAAACUGGAAACACGACAGGGUUGCUCAAGUUCUCCACUGAAAUAAUCUUUGUAAAAAAUUUAGUUUGCAGUGCAGCGAAACCUGGCCUGGUAUGACCAUUUUCCGGAGGCAAUGAUGACAGUGAUGGAAAAUUACCAAGUGAAGUUACAGUGGGAUUUCAGAAUUCAGACAGAUCACCAUUUAGACCACAAUAGACCUGAUAUUGUACUUCUCCAAAAGAAAUGAAGGCGGUGCUUCAUUGUCGAUGUACCUUGCCCUUAUUUCGAUACACGGGUAGCAGAAAAAGAAAAGGAGAAGAUCCAGCACGUAUCAGGACUUAAAAGUGGAAGUGCAAUCUGGAACAGCAGAAGUGUAAUAUCUGUGAUUCCUAUUGACAUUGGAGCUAUUGGGACUGUGAGUAAACACCUAAGGAUGUGGAUCAGCAAGUUGGGAACACCUGGAAUCAUUGCAUUGCUCCAGAAAGCUUGUUUGUUGGGAACAGCUAAGAUCCUACAUCAUAAUAAAAAUAAUAAUAAUAAUAAUAAUAAUAAUAAUAUAUUUUUUUUAAUUUGGAUCUUUAAAAAAAUGUACAUUCUUUUUGUGUACGAAAGAGAAUUGUCGUAAAAUGACUAUCUAAAAACUACUAAUAACAAUUAUAAAAAGCAUCAAAAAGUUAAUACAAUAAUAAUAAUAAUAAUAAUAAUAAUAAUAAUAAUAAUAAUAAUAAUAGUUUUAGUCGAUGCUGCGGCUGGUUACCGUCAGCCGCCCACCCAACGCUUUUAUUUUUUACUCUAGGCAUCCAGACGUUUGUACUGCCAUAAUAAUAAUAAUAAUAAUAGUAAUAAUAAUAAUAGUAAAGUAAAUUUUAUGAUCUCCAGUAUAGUAGCAAGUGGUACGAACAUAGCCCUGCACGGGUAACUGAGAAUGAAGAGGUCAAAAUAUUAAGGGAUUUUACCAUAAAAACCUAUGGUAAGGUAAAUCACCGUAGGUCUGACAUAAUUGUCCAUCGAUAAGAAAAACAACAGUCCUCAUCAUACACACUGCGGUACCUAGCUACAGCAACGUUGAAAGCAAAGAGACAGAGAGAGAAACAGGAAAAAUAUCAAGCUUUAGCAAGGAAAAUAUCUAAAUUUUAA